UCCGACGCGUGCAUGGCUUGGCACCGGGAAGAGUGGAGACCGGCGACUUUCGCCGGUCGACAACUACUAACUAACAAAAUCGUUCGUAAGGCUCACUAAUAGUAAUGAAUCGAGAAGACUCAAUCUCCCCGCGCGUUCUCAACUCGCCUUUUGCGUGCUGCUUGUCAUCAUUCUUGUCAACCUUGGCUAUAUAUAUCUGCUUGAGGUCCUUGUAGACCCUCUUUCUUUUUUCUCACAACAAACCGCAAAGCAUCCCGACAUCUCUUCCCCUUCUUCCCACCCAAACCCAAAUAGAUCAUCAUGCCAGCUUUCAACGGUCUGACAACCAGCGAAGAGGUCAUCGAGGCCUUUGGUCCCCAAAUCCAAGGCCGAACCUUUGUGAUCACCGGUGCUGGUAGACCGAGCAUCGGUGAGCAAAUCGUCACCUACCUAGCAAAAGGCUCUCCUGCGCAUAUCGUCAUCGCAUCCCGCACUGAGCGCAAAAUCACGCCUGUUCUCGAGGCAAUAAGGGCCAUCGACAGCUCGAUCAAGACGACUUUUAUCCACAUCGACUUAUCGGACCAGGACUCCGUCAGGUCCGCCGCCAAAGAAAUCCUCGCCGUCGCGCCUAAGAUCGAUGUCCUGAUCAACUGCGCCGGUGUGAUGGUCGUCAAAGAAUACACCACCAGCAAGCAAGGCAUCGAAAUCCAGCUGGCGACCAACCAUAUCGGCCACUUCCUGCUCACCAACCUGCUCGUCCCGGCUCUGGAGGCAGCCGCACCCUCCCGGGUCGUCAACGUCUCUAGCUCAGGCUACCGCAUCUCCCACUUUCACUUUGACGACUGGAACUUCUCUGACGGCAAGACGUAUGACGGAUGGACGGGUUACGCGCAGUCCAAAACCGCCAAUAUCUUGUUCACGAUCGGCUUCACCAACCGCAUCAAACACCGCGGUAUCACCUCGACGGCUCUUCAUCCGGGAUACAACCUGGAGACCGAGCUGGGUACGCACCUGGGUCCUGAUGAUUAUGCGCUGAUCGACCCGAUUAUCAAGCGCAACACGGGCAACGAGUUCGUGUUCGAAGAGCCCCGGUUCAAGACUCUGUCGCAGAUCGCGGCCACAGCGCUGAUCGCAACGCUUGACCCUGAGUUGCCUGAUAAGUCGCCCGCUUUCUUGCAGAAUAGCCAGAUUGACACGCCGGAUCCCCAUGCUACGGAUGCCGAGGCCGUCGAGAAGCUGUGGCAGUUGAGUGAAGAGAUCGUGGGACAGAAAUUCGAGUACUAG